GCGGGGAGGUCGCGCAGGGGAGGAGGAGUCAAUGGCGAAGGGCAGGGGAGGCCCGCGGCGACUUAUUUUUUGGUUUUUUUUCCCUUGCGCAUCGGCCAUGUUUAUCUUCUCUGUCUCGAUAUAAGAGGAGGAGGAAGAGGACGAGCAGGACAAGGAAGAGGACGAGCAGGACGAGGAGGAAGACGAGCAGGAGGAGGAGGACGACGAGAAGGAAGAUGAGGAGAAGGAGAAGGAAAAAGAAGAAGAGGAAAAGGAGGUGAGGAGAAGGAGGAGGAGGAGAAGGAGAAGGACGAGGUGCUCAGGAUAGGGGGAGGGGGCGGAAGGUCGCGCAAGACAGGGGUGAGGGCGAUGUCGAAGGGGAGCGGAGGUGUCGCGAUGGGGGAGCGGAGGUCGCGCUGGGGAGGGCGAGUCUAUGGCGAAGAGGAGGGAAGGUGCGCGGCGGCCAUUCUUUUUUUUCUUUCAUCCUUGCGCAGCGGCCAUACUAAUCUUUUCUGUGGAGAAAGCGUAGUAGGACGAGGGGGAAGGGGAGAAGGAAGAAGAGGAGGAAGAAGAGGAGGAGGAAGAGGAGGAGGACAAGGAAGAGGAAGAAGAAGAGGAGGAGGAGGAGGAGGAGGAGGAGGAGGAAGAAGAAAAGAGGAAGGUGAGGAAGAGGAGAAUCAGAAUGACGAAGACGAAGAGGAAGAAGAAGAGGAGGAGGACGACGACGACGAGCAGGAGAAGGAGGAGAAGGAGGAGAAGGAGGAGGAGGAACAGGAAGAAGAAGAGGAGGACGAGGAGGAAGAGGAGGAUGACGAAAACGAAACGAAAGAAGAGGAGGAGGAUAAGCCUGUAAGGAGGACGAGCUGGGAAGAAGAAGAGGAGGAGGACGAAGAGGAGGAAGAAGUUGAGGAGGACAAGGAGGAGGCGGAAGAAGAGGAGGAAGAGGAGGAGGAAGAAGAAGAGGAUGAGGAGGAGGAAGAAAGGAGGAUGACGAGGACGAAAUGGAAGAAGAGGAGCAGCAGCAGGCGGCGGAGGAUAAAGGAGGGGGAGGAGGAUGACGAAGACGAAGAGGAACAAGAGGAGGAGGAGGAUAAAGACGAGCAGUAUAAGGAGGAGGACGAGCAGGAAAACGAAGAGGAGGAGGAGGAGGAGGACGAUGACGAAGACCAAGAGGAAAAGGAGGAGGAGGGGGAGGAGAAGGAGCAGCAACACCACAAGGAGGAGGAGGAGCAGGAUAAGGAGGAGGACGAGCAGGAAAACGAAGAGGAGGAGGAGGAGGAGGACGAUGACGAAGACCAAGAGGAAAAGGAGGAGGAGGGGGAGGAGAAGGAGCAGCAACACCACAAGGAGGAGGAGGAGCAGGAUAAGGAGGAGGACGAGCAGGGCAAAGAGGAGGAGGAGGAGAAGGAAGAAGAAGAGAAAGAGGAGGAGGAAGGGGAAGAAGAAAAAGAGGAAGAUGUGGAGUAGGUGACGAAAACGAAGAGGAAGAGAAGGAAGAGGAGGAGGAGCAGACCUACGUUGAAGUCCGGAGACGAUGGCUGCUCGGCG